GCGAAGUCCACAGCACCAGUCCAACCGCACCCGCGCCGCGCCGACCAAAAACCUUCCCCCGCCUCUCCCCCUUCCUCCCUCCCCACCUCCGCCGCAGCCCACCAUGGACCCCUUCUUCGCCGCCGACGACGCCGCGGACGAGCUCCCGCGCACCGCCUCCCACCCCUUCGACGACGCCGAGGACGACGAGGGCGCCGCCGCGGCCGGGGCCGACGGCGGCGCGGGAGGGUACGCCUCCUUCGCGGACGCCGGGUACGGCUCCUUCGCCGACGCGGGCCCCGAGGAGGAUGAGGAGGAGGUGGUGGACGAGGAGAUCGCCGCCGACUCCGACGGCGGAGCCGUCCCCGUCCGCCACGUCUCCGGCGGGUACGCCCCCGCGGCCUUCUUCCCCGACUCGGACUUCGGGGGCGGGGACGACGACGGCGCCGUCCUGCCGCCGCCCUCCGAGAUGGGCAGGGAGGAGGGGGCCCUCCUCCGCGAGUGGCGCAGGCAAAAUGCUCUAGUUCUCGAGGAAAAAGAACAGAAGGAGAAGGAGCUUCGCGCCCAAAUAAUUGCAGAAGCUGAAGAGUUCAAGAUAGCUUUCAAUGAGAAGAGGAUACAGACCUGUGAGACGAAUAAGGUCCAUAGCAGGGAAAGAGAGAAGAUCUUUGUUGAAAGCCAGGAGAAAUUCCAUGCUAGCGCAGACAAGCAGUACUGGAAAUCGAUCUCGGAGCUCAUCCCACAUGAAAUCGCUACCAUCGAGAAGCGGGGCAAGAAAGACAAGGACAAGAAGCCAUCCAUCGCAGUCAUUCAGGGCCCCAAGCCCGGCAAGCCCACCGACCUCUCCCGUAUGCGCCAGGUCCUAGUGAAGCUGAAGCAUGCUCCUCCACCGCACAUGAUGCAACCUCCACCAGCCCCUGCUGCCAAGGAAGGCGCCAAGGAAGGUGCGAAAGACGGCGCACCAGCACCAACAAAUGGAGCCAAGCAGCCCGUGGAGAGCAAAGAAGCACCCGCCAACGGCCCCGCCGCAGAGACGGAGAAGGAGCAGACUGCAGCAUCAGAGUAGCUUCUUUUAUUUUUACAGAAACACCAGAACCUUGACUAUGCUUAGAAGGAAACUUUUAUUUUCAAAAAUACCCGGAGUCGCCUACCCUGUAGCGGUCUUUUUUGUAGAGAUCCGCAUCAGGAUGGCCAUGUAUCGAUCAGUUCUGAACAUUCAGCUUAGUAUCACAGCAAACAACUGCACUCUUUACUGUUU